AUGGCUGCGGGCCUGACGCUCAAACCUUGGUUCAACAUCCUGCUAUCGGCUGCUACUCUUAUAGCUGGCAGUGGCUGUUCUCGUGUUGUAGCGAUGAUUAAACGGGUCCGGCGCAAGGUGUUCGAGACUACUCACAGAGUAGCAGCGGAGGACGAGUCAGUGUAUGGCAUUCAGCAAGCCCUGCACAUCUGUACAGGGCUACUCUAUCCAGACUGGGGCGAUGUAGAUUGA